AUGGAGAAGAUGGACCCUCCGCAGCCUGCAAAUACGCAUCCUUCCGAUUUGAAAGUGAUGACUAGCGACAGCAUCCUCAAUGAAGGAAAGGAUAUUGAUCUUGGCCAGAUCCUCGAAGUCGAAUCCUCGCCGCGUCUCGAGCAGAAAGUCCUAAGGAAGAUUGACUUCAUUCUGAUCCCCCUCAUGGGAUUUUGCUACAUGCUUCAAUACAUGGACAAACUCGCCCUGAGCGAAGCCGCCCUCUUCAACAUCCGUGAAGAUUUGGGCCUUUACGGAAUGCAAUACUCGUGGACUUCUGCUAUAUUUUACUUUGGAUAUCUAGUAUGGAGCUGGCCGACAUCGUACAUGAUUGUUCGGUUUCCACUGGGGAAAUAUCUGGCUGUCUCCGUUUUCGUGUGGGGAGGAGUUCUUAUGUGUCAUGCUGCGUGUAAUAAUUUUGGUGGAUUGAUGGCAGCAAGAUUUUUCCUCGGUGUCGGUGAGGCUGCUAUCGCUCCCGGGUUUGCUUUGAUUACUGGCAUGUUUUAUAAGAGAAAAGAACAACCGCUACGACAAGCUGCAUGGUUUAUUGGCAACUCCAUUGCUAAUGUCAUCGGGGGUGUCGUGGCCUACGGAAUCGGUCACAUUCACUCAACCAGCCUGCUCUCCUGGCAGCUGAUAUUUUUGAUCCUUGGUGCCAUUACCUCAGGAUAUGCAGUGGUUCUAUUCUUUUUUCUACCGGACUCACCUGCCAAUGCUGUUUUCUUGAAAAAGAACGAGCGCGCCAUUGCCUUACAGAGGACACUAGAAAACAAAACUGGAGUUUUGGACGCAGGCAAGUUUCAAACAAGACAAGUGUGGCUUGCCUUGAAAGAUCCGCAGGCAUGGCUUCUUGUGGCCUAUACAUUUUGCGUGAAUUUGUGCAACGGUGGAGUCACUACAUUCUCCACCAUUCUCGCCCAGGGAUUUGGCUACUCUACUUUCAAAGUCCUCCUCAUAUUAAUGCCAACCGGCGCUGCGCAGCUUAUUUUUCUUAUUUUCAGCUCUACAUUUGCCACUUACAUCCCGUCUUCCCGUAUUAUCAUGAUGGCGCUCAACUGUGUAGUUGCCAUGAUUGGAUAUUUACUCGUCUACAACCUGGAUGAAGAUGCUCACGUCGCCAAAAUGGCAGGACUAUGUUUGGGAUCCGUGUUUGCUGCUAAUAUACCCCUUUCACUGAGCUUGAUUAGCUCCAAUGUGGCUGGUUUGACAAAGAAGAGUGUCGUCAGCGCUAUGCUCUUUAUCGCAUACUGUGUUGGAAACAUCGUGGGGCCACAAUUUUAUUUUGCAUCUGAAGAGCCCACCUACGAGUCCGGGAUUCGGUCUGCUAUUGCUGGCCUGGUUCUGGGUAUCGCGUCUCUAGCUGUUUUAUACGCGUAUUAUGCUUGGGAAAAUCGACGUAGGGAUAGUCUGUCUGGAGCGUCUCAUGAAAUGGCUGCUGACCAGCAGUUGCAUUCCGAGAUGCUGAAUUUGACGGAUCAGGAAAAUGCAAGCUUCCGUUAUGUUUUGUAG